GCAAAGCCACCAUGCGUCUCCUGUGGGUCCUCCCUUUGCUGGUGGAGGCCCACAACAAGUCCUUCAUGCAGCACUGUGCCAAAGAGUGCGACUGCCAGGAGGAGCUGUCUGCCAACUGUACCCAGGCCUCCCUCACCCACCUUCCCAGGCCCCUGCCCCCGCAGACAGAACUUCUGGAUCUCUCCCACAACCAGCUCACCCACCUACCGCGACGGGCCUUCAUCUACACCCGCCACCUGAAGACACUGAUGCUGAACGACAACAACAUCAGCAGCGUGGCCGACGGUGCGUUCUCGCCGCUGGAGAGCCUGAUGAGGCUGGACCUGAGCCGCAACCGGCUGGCUGCCCUGGGCACAGGCUUCACGCUGGGCAUGGGCGCACUCAGGGAACUGGUGCUGGCGGAGAACCAGCUCACCGCCCUGGACAGCCACAGCUUCCAGCACCUGGACAGCCUGCUCAGACUGAACCUCAGCCACAACCACAUUCACCUGGUGCAGGUGCGGGCCUUCGGCUGUCUGAGCACGCUGCGGCAGCUGCACCUGGACGGCAACCGCCUCCCGUCGCUAGGCAACGGCGUCUUCACCAUGCUCAAGUCGCUGGAGGUGCUGCAGCUGCGCGGCAACAACAUCAGUCAUAUAGACAUCGACACGCUGACGCCCCUGACCAGCUUGGCCCUGCUGGACCUGGCCCGCAACCGGCUCAGCGGCGUCCACUUCAAGACCUUCCUGUCGCUGCAGACCUACAGCACGCACAUCCUGCUGCGCCGCAACCCCUGGCAGUGCGACUGCGACCUGCAGCGGGUCUUCCGGAAGCUGCGCAGCGUGCGGCGCCUCCUGCUGGACGACUACGACAGCCUGAGCUGCGCCGAGCCGGCCGAGCUGCGCGGCUACCUCAUCAACCAGGUGGCCGACGAGCUGUGCGUGGCCGAGAUGGUGACCGUGCUCAUCAUCACCGUCACCGUGCUCGUCACCGUGGUGGCGGCCAUCCUGAUGGCCGAGAGGAAGAGGAAGAGGCGGAGCCGCGAGAAGCACUGGACCGACGGCGCCAGCCAGGUCUCCUACGACUCUUAGGUUAGACUUGUAGACAC